AAUGUAGAAUGAGCUCAAAGCUGAUAGUGAAGAACCUUCCCAAAUCCGCAUCAGAAGAGAGUAUACGCAAGGCCUUCGAAGUCUACUCGACUGUUACGGAUCUGAAACUGAAGAAGAAUGCGGAAGGAGAGUCGCGUGGCUUUGCAUUUGUAGGCCUCAACUCACCUGAAGAUGCAGAAUUGUGCAUGAAGAAGCUGAACAGAAGCUUCAUUAAAGGUAGUCGAGUAACAGUUGAACUAGCCCGAAAAGCAACUGAAAGAAACCCAAAUGAAAUCAAAUCAACAGAAAGCACAGAUAUCAGUAAUGCGAAUGAACAAACUAAAACAACAGAUCUCAACUUUCUGGGCAGCAAAAUGACAUCUGAUGACAAAGUUGCACAGCCAAGUUUAUACAAAGUUAGAAUUACAAAAUUUCCAAAAAGCUGGAACAAAACGAAGUUCCUGAAAUUUAUGGGAAGUGAUUUUAAAUGCAGCACUUGUCACAUGUUCAAGCAGCGAGAUGUACCAAAGUUUUUGGUGACGACUGAAAGUUGGGAUAGUUUGCAAUUGCUCCUUCAGAAAAACGGAACAGAAGUUGAAGAUGAAAGCACAAAAUUGAAAGUGGUACAAAUAAACGAGAAUGCUGGGUUGGAAUCUUGUUCAGAACAGAAACAGGAGACGCAAAAACUGAACGAAAGCGACGAAAUUAUGGAUACUGGGAGACUCUUCGUAAGAAAUCUCUCAUAUACAGUAACCGAAGAAGAAUUGGAAGACAUUUUCCGAAAGUACGGCGAAGUAGUCGAAUCUUCCAUUCCGAUAGACUACGUGAGUCACAGGUCAAAAGGAUUCGGCUAUGUUACUUUUCUGCUUCCCGAGCAUGCUUUGAAAGCAUACGCUUCUAUGAACGGAACUAGUUUGAAAGGCAGAACUGUUCAUAUUAUGCCCGCUAAAGAAGCGCCAACUAAGCCGAAAGCAGAAGUUGCAGACAAGGAGUUCAAAACUACUUACCAGAAGAAAAAACAAGAAGAAAUGAAAAGUACAGGUACAAAAAGCUACAACUGGAACUCGCUUUUUAUCGGUGCAAACACAGUUGCAGACUCGCUUUCGAAUAGAUAUGGAGUCAGAAAACAGGAAAUUUUGACAGCUUCAGGAAAAGGCGAAAGUUUACCUGUAAGAAUCGCUUUAGGAGAAACAAAAUUAGUCAAUGAAACGAAACAGUUUUUGAUCGACCAUGGAGUGAAUUUAGACGCGUUUAACCAAAAGACUGUAAAAAGAAGCAAAACAGUGAUUUUAGCUAAAAAUUUACCUGUGGGCACUUCUAAAGAAGAAUUGGAGACCCUGUUUACUAAAAAUGCGCCGAUUGACAGAUUAGUGAUGCCCCCAACUGGCUUGAGUGCAUUGGUUACUUUCAAGACUCAAAAUGACGCAAAGAGAGCCUUCGUUAAUCUGGCUUACACGAAGUUCAAGGGUUCAAUUUUGUACUUGGAGUGGGCGCCGACAGAUUGUUUUGUCGAAAAUUCAUCAAAGUCUUAUAGACCGACAACAAAUAUGACGGCAGGCGAUAGUUCAAAUUCUAAAGAAAUAAAUGGCAAAGAUUUUUUGGAACUUGAACCGAAGAACGUGCCAGAAGCAGCAAACGAAGAGAACAACUCGAAUCAAAACCAGGCGAUAACAGAAGACAAUGCUUGCGUGUUUGUGAAAAAUCUCUCAUUUGAAACUGAUGAGCAAAAAAUGAAACAAGCUUUUUCUAAAUUUGAGUCCAAAAUUGACUCUGUGUUCUUGGCCAGAUAUCAAAAAGGCGGCAGAGAUUUAUCGAGGGGUUAUGGGUUUGUCCAGUUUAAGAACCACGAUGCUGCAAUGGAGGCUAUCAAACUCAUGCAAGGAACAAAGAUAGACGGUCAUGAGGUGGAACUGAUGUUGUCGAGAAAGCCCUCAAAUCAUGUAGCUCCUCAUUCUCGCUCAAUGCACGAACAAACAUCAUCUGCAACUAAUGUAGACGAAGAGACAAACGCUUCGUGUAAGAUUCUUGUGAAAAAUGUCCCGUUUGAAGUGACCAAGAACGAACUUCAUAAAUUGUUCGCCACUUUCGGACAGGUCAAAUUCAUCCGACUUCCACAGAAACAGGCAGGAAAUGGACAUCGUGGUUUCUGCUUCGUAGAGUACCACAGUCUAGCUGAGGCUAAGAAGGCGUUCGUGUCUCUGAGUCAGAGCACCCAUUUAUUAGGACGCAGACUGGUGCUUCAAUGGGCAGAGGAUGCUGACUCAGUUGCCGAUAUGAGGAAGAGGACUGCGGAUAAGUUGAGUCUCCAGCAGAAGGCAGAGUGGGAAAAAGCGAAGAAAGCAAAAAUAGAAGAUCAAAUGUGAACAAAUCCGAAUAUCUAAUAUUUACACGUUUUAAUAAUAACAUAUCAUAAUCCAGUGAACCAUUGGAAAUGAAAUCCUGAUCUAAAAUCAACCGAAAAUCCAUCAUUUGUAUCCCCAAAAAAUAACUGAUCGUAAAUCCACCGAACGAUCGAAACCUAAAUUCUAGAUUGCGUGUAAAAAUCGACUGUAAUAUGCAACUUGAUGGCCCCAAACGAUCUGAAGUUUACGACAAGGAAUAUCUAACAGUUUGAACAAAACCGAAAUUUCUUCUCAACUGGAUGUAAGACGCGAAUGCCUCGUGCAGAUUAGAUUCGUAUGAAUUUAAGACGCGAAUUUAAGGUUCUUGGGAUUUAAGACACGAGUCUAACAUCACCCAAAAGAACUGAAAUCAAAAUAUACCUUGCAACUGAUACAGUUUUAAAACUAGCUUGGUCCGCUAGUUACCAGCAAAGUCUUGUACUACAUUUUUUUUCGGGCCAGCGAAUCGAAGAUUGGCCGAUGACGCAAUUGUCGAUAUUGUUUCAAAAGACUGCUAAUUUGCAACUUAUUUUAGAAUUUGUUGUAAUGUUCAAA